GGGGGGCAAGAGGCUCCGGCGACCUGCCACCGCGCAAACGUGGACAGAGGACGGAUUCCAGCGCUACAGCCAGUUUGUAACUUGCGGUGCCUUUACUCUGUCACAUGCGUUUCAUACUUUUUUUGAGCAUUCCUUCCCUCCGAUCGCAUGUAAAGCCCCCGUCUCCCUUGGUCCUAAACCUUUAUGAAAUAACCUUUCCCAGCACUACUGUCUCCUGGACGCCACCAACCGAUGUGGUUUGCUUCGCUCUCAACGUGCAUCGUCCACAGGGAAGGAGGACCUGCUGUUCUGGGCUGAAGCAGGCCAGUGGGCAGCUUUGCAACUAGAAGCAGAGCUGGCUUAAGCAGUAAAGACAUCUGAGUGUUUCAAGUUCCUACCAUGAAUGGACACGCUGGGCCACCCAUAGAUCCUGCGCACGCCGGGGGCUGGAGCGAGUUCUGCGAACAGCAUGCCGUCACCACCGCUCGAGAGCUGGCCCGGAAGUACCUCCUGUUUGUCAGCGAAAACCCCGAGCACGAAAUCUUGGCGGCCGACAACUUCUCCCUCCAGUUUGCUGACCUCUUCCAGCAGUAUUUCCGCAAUGAGGUGAAGGACCAUUCCGCCAUGAACCAGUUCCGCGUUCUGCCCUUUAGCAAGGUGCGGGACUACAGGGAGACUGGCCGAACUCAUGCCGGCGCCUCCCCCACUGGGACGUUAGGGGCCAAGAGUGAAAUGGAACUGGGUGGACCAGUUGACCGGGGACCACCUGAGGCCCGUCCCGCCGGCCUCCCCAAAUCGUGGAGUUCUGAGGAACUUACUGGAACGCCUCCUUCCUUGGCCGUCAGGAGACACUUUUCCCUCACCCGCCUGAGGAGGAGUUGGCGUAACUUUUUCCGCAGGAGGUCCUCAGAGCCGCCCCCUCCCGAUGGGGAAAUGUCGGAUUCUGUGCUGAAGUCUAACCUGGCGCGGAAGAUCUUCCCGUGGGCCCUUUCGCGAGACCCACCGCCUCAGGUCCGGAAAGAAGGCGGUCUCAAAUACUGGAUGGUGACCGAGGCCAACGUGGACAACGGGACGCGCUGGCAGAGGUGCCGGCUCGUUUUACGGAAAGAAGGGCCUUCAGAGAGUGAAAAUUACGUCCUGGCGCUGUUUGACCCCCCCAAGAGCUCAAAGCCCAGACUCCAAGCCGCCUGUUCAUCAAUCCAAGAAAUCAGACGGUGCACCAGCCUGGAGAUGCCAGACAACGCGCACACCUUUGUGCUGAAGGUAAAUGCCUCCACCGACAUUAUAUUCGAGGCUGGGGAUGACCAGCAGCUGUCUUCCUGGAUGUCUGAAAUUAAAGAAUGCCUCCCUCAAGGGUCCACAGGAGCCGACCCGGACCUGGCCCCCGACUCCCUCUCGGAGGUCACGACGGCCAGCCCCACCACCACCACCAGCAGCAGCAGCGUGGAUUCCCGGAACCAAGGCGCGACGCCCCCGAACGCCCCCGACCAGCCCUGCCAAAAGACGGACCGCUACCUUUCCGCUUUCCCCUGGUUCCACGGACCCAUUUCUCGCUUCAAGGCCGCCCAGCUGGUCCAGUUCCAGGGCCCCGAAGGGCACGGAGUCUUCCUCAUCCGACAGAGCGAGACCCGGAGGGGAGAAUAUGUCCUCACGUUCAAUUUCCAAGGAGUAGCUAAGCACCUGCGGCUUUCGCUGACCGAGAGGGGCCAGUGUCGGAUCCAGCAUUUGCACUUCUCCUCGAUCCUGGAUAUGCUACACCAUUUCCAGCGCUGCCCGAUUCCCCUGGAGUGUGGCGCUGCCUGCAACGUGCAGCUGUCCAGCUACGUGGUGGUUGUCCCAAACGCCCAAGCAGGCUCGACCAACACGGCACCUUUCCCCCCCGCCAUCCACCGCUACAACCCGGAGUUCGGCCUCCUCCAGCUCACGCCCUCCAGCUUCGCCCGGAUCCGCCUCCCGGACCAUCCUCACCGCCACCACAACUCCUCCGUGGAGCAGAUCUUCCACUUGGUGCCCCCUCCGGAAGAGCUGGCCGGCAGCCUGUGGCCCCACAGAGGCCGGCCCGCCUCCCACCACCCCUUGCCGGCCCCCCGGCCCUGGGACGGCGAUUACGAGACGGACUCCCACGGGAGGGGGCACCUGCGGGCGGUCAACAACCAGUACCUGUCCCUUUGACCCAGUGCGGCGGGGGCCCCCCCACCCUGCUUUUGCCCGAGACUCUUCCUCAAAGGACAUCUUCCUCUCUCUUGGCAACGUUGAAUAUUUGGUUUGUAAGAUAAGACGGAUCGCUCCCGUCGCUGCGGCUGCAGCUCUUGAUUUAGGCCUGUUGAAGGGCCCGUUUGUUCCUUUUUAUUAUUAUUUUUUUCUCAGUCAAAACAUUCUUUUCUCUCUUAUCGGUUUUGCACACGACCUUCCUUUUGUGUUGAGGGUUUUACGAGUACAUGCAGUACUUUGCAGCGGGUUAGCGCUGGUCCCCCUUUCUCUAGCCCCGUCCUCCUUGGAGAAGACGGGCUGGGUGGGGGAAUAAGAGGACAGGUCAGCCAAGCAGCGUUCGUGGCCCGUCCAGAGUUAUACGGGGGCUUCCUUAGGGUUGUGUUCUACGAAAUCCCUGUCGUGAAGGCUAAGGCAAACAGGCAUCAGGCAGCGGCUGAAAGGGCGCCCAACAGACGCGAGCAGGAGAAAAACAUCUCCAGACACUCCCGUGGGAGUUGCAGUGUGACGGCACCCGCAGGGCGCUGUGCUGGUAGCGUGGCACAGUCUGAGACGCUACGCUCGAUGGACGGCCACUCUCUGGCAGGGACAGCCCUCUUCCCCCCCAUCCCCAGUAGCCAGUUCCCUUGCGCCGGAAAGUGCGGGAAGCGUUCAUGGAGGGCCCAAAUGGGUGCAAACACCGUAGCCUGCUUUUGGUGUAAGUCCCCCUCUUACAGCCAGCUGCCUGAGGGCCACCAGCCACGCAAGGAGCAGGUCCCUGAUGAACUGUUUUCUGCUUCCAGUCUUGGCAGCCUAAGUCUGGAUCACUCCCGUUUACACAUUUGCACCACUUAUGUGCCUUAGCUGGAAAAAGGGUGGGCGAGUCCCCAAACCCUAAGCUGUUGGCUUCUCUUUUCACUCUGAAGGUAGUCGCUUGGUUUAAAAUAAAGAAGGCGCCCGUU